AUGGCUUGGACAGAAAAACACAAUUUCACAGUGCUGGAAGAAUUCAUUCUCUUGGGAAUCACAGACCGCCCUGAACUACAGGCUCCCUUCUUUGGGCUCUUCCUGAUCAUCUACAUGAUUUCACUGGUGGGAAACCUGGGCAUGAUUAUCCUCACCAACAUAGACUCAAAGCUGCACACACCCAUGUAUUUCUUCCUCAGACAUCUGGCAUUCAUCGAUCUUGGCUAUUCAACAGCAGUGGGACCCAAAACGUUAAUGAAUUUUAUAGCUAACCAGAAUAGAAUCCCCUAUAAUUGGUGUGCAAUUCAGCUGGCUUGCUUCAUCUUCUUUAUUAUUAGUGAACUCUUUGUUCUGUCAGCAAUGGCCUAUGACCGCUAUGUGGCCAUCUGCAACCCUUUGCUCUACACAGUUGUCAUGUCAAAAAAAGUAUGUUGGUUGCUGGUAUCAGUCCCCUAUCUCUAUAGUGCUUUUCUUUCUUUGAUAACCACCAUAAAAAUUUUUAUUUCAUCUUUCUGUGGUCAUAAUGUCAUCAGUCAUUUCUACUGUGACAGUCUUCCCUUAUUAACUUUGGUGUGCUCAGGGACACAUGAUGUGGAAAUGAUAAUACUGAUCUUUUCAGCGUUUAAUUUGGUUUCAUCUCUUCUGAUAGUCCUUGUAUCCUACGUACUGAUCCUUAUGGCCAUCCUCAGGAUGAAGUCAGCAGAAGGCAGGCGCAAAGCCUUCUCCACCUGUGGGUCUCAUCUGACGGCCGUGGUCAUUUUAUAUGCUACUCUCUUCUUUAUGUAUGUGCAACCCAAAUCCAGUCAUUCCUUUGAAAAUGAUAAAAUGGCCUCUGUAUUUUAUACAUUGAUCAUACCCAUGCUGAAUCCCUUGAUCUAUAGCUUGAGGAAUAAAGAAGUAAAGGGUGCCCUGAACAGAAUAUGGAAAGCAAUGUGCAAACUUCCUAUGUAA